AAUGAGCAAAUCAAACAAAAAGUCCAAGCCAAAGUACACAUUGGAAAACCUUCAGCAGAUUCCCGGAGUCCUCGCUUUCAUGAUUUGCAAAGGAAAUACAAUUGCCCACAGCACUUUCCUCGAAGCGGAGAACCCUCGUCAAAUUGCCUACAAUGCAAUGCGAAUGGCAACUCGAACUCAAGGAACUGAACUCCGUGAUCUAAAAGUGCACACGAUCCAAGUUCAAUACGACGACUUCCAAAUUGAAAUGUUCCAAAUCGGCGGACACUUUUGCAUCCUCAAGAAACGUGUAGAUACUGAUUAAAAACUUACUCACUUUACCUCCCCCCC